AUGUCUUUUCUACAGAAUUUUCAUAUAAGUCCUGGCCAAACAAUAAGAUCCACCAGGGGUUUCAAAUGGAAUACUGCCAAUGCCGCUAAUAAUACAGGCUCUGUAUCACCUACCAAGCCAAAUCCCCAGAACAAUGAUAUUAACAACAGCAAUAAUGUCAAUACAAUUAACAGUAGGACAGAUUUCACAAACACACCAGUAAAUGAAUAUAAGGGAGGCGACCAUGGAAGGAUGUCUCCCAUUCUUACUACGCCAAAGAGGCACGCUCCUCCGCCUGAACAACUACAAAAUGUAACGGAUUUCAAUUAUACUCCAUCGCAUCAGAAGCCAUUCUUACAACCACAAGCAGGUACGACAGUUACAACACAUCAAGACAUCAAGCAAAUUGUGGAAAUGACGUUAGGAUCUGAAGGAGUACUCAACCAAGCUGUGAAGUUACCGCGUGGUGAGGACGAGAAUGAAUGGCUAGCGGUUCAUUGUGUGGAUUUUUACAAUCAGAUUAAUAUGUUAUACGGGUCCAUCACAGAAUUUUGCUCUCCACAAACAUGCCCAAGGAUGAUAGCGACGAAUGAGUAUGAAUAUCUUUGGGCUUUUCAAAAGGGUCAGCCUCCUGUUUCAGUAAGUGCUCCCAAAUAUGUGGAAUGUUUAAUGAGAUGGUGUCAAGACCAAUUUGACGACGAAUCACUUUUUCCCGCCAAAGUUACAGGUACCUUCCCGGAAGGAUUUAUCCAACGAGUUAUUCAGCCAAUUCUAAGGCGAUUAUUCAGGGUUUAUGCGCAUAUCUACUGUCACCAUUUCAAUGAAAUCCUUGAACUGAAUUUACAAACUGUACUAAAUACAAGUUUUAGACAUUUUUGCCUAUUUGCUCAAGAGUUCGAACUACUAAGACCGGCAGAUUUUGGUCCGCUGUUAGAAUUAGUGAUGGAGUUGAGGGAUAGGUAG